AUGUCCGAAUCGAAUCUCAAGAAACGACGCCCGCAAGCCUCCGGUACAGGCACCGUGGAUUCGGGCACCAUGGAAGGGCACAGCGUCCGUUCCCUAAGACGGCCUAAACUCAUGACCUACGAGGAGAUCCAAGAGUGGUCGCGGGAUAACGAAUUCAUCCGUACUGGCUAUCGGCCAGAAAAGCCCGAUUAUAUGGACAUCCUCCUCAGCCUGACGUACGUGCACAACGAGACUUGCAAUAUAUAUACCCACUUGAUUGGCGCGAUACUGGUAUGGCCUGUCGCAUACAUCUACAUGCGGAUCCUGCCCGAGCCCCAGUACGACAACGUCCUACCGGCAGAUUAUGUCAUGUUCAUCAUCUUCUUCUUCUCUUGCGAGUUUUGUCUGCUCUCCAGCGCUAUCUACCACCUGAUGCAACCCCACUCGCAUGAGGUGGAACAAUUUUGGCAUCGAAUGGACCUGACCGGGAUUGCCGUCAUUAUUGCGGGCACAUUCAUUGCGGCCAUCUACUACUUCUUCAUCUGCCAACCAACCUUCCAAAUUAUACACUGGGUCGUUACCACCGUCUCGGGCUCGGCUUGCGUUGCUCUGAUCUCGAUCCCGAAGUUCAGAACACUGCGCUGGCGCACUCUGAGAGUGGUCGCCUUCUUCCUGUUCGGCCUGUCAGCCUUCGUUCCCCUACUGCAUGGAGUCGGCCUGCACGGGUCCGACUACAUGUUCAAUUACAUGGGAAUGAAGUGGUACUUGAUAGAGCUGUCUUUGUACGCCCUUGGAACACUCAUCUACGCAACUCGGCCUCCUGAGCGGUUCGCUCCGGGCAAGUUCGACAUAAUCGGCACUUCACAUCAAAUCUUUCAUUGCCUCAUCUUGGCAGCCAUGUGGGUCAACUGCCUGGCUCUUACACAGAGUUUCAAAUCGGUUCAUACAUUAGAUUUAUGUCACCGCUAG